UUCACCUGGUUCUUGGUCUAAAAGACUAUACUCUAGGCCCUGGCCUUUGUCUAAUUUUUGAGACUUUUUUUUUUCAAACUCACAACUCAGGAAAUGCUUUCUACACUAACUGUCUUUUCCGCCAAACCCAUAACUGCCAUAACCACCAUUGAAAACCCAAAAACCUUAAUUCUACAACAAUGCAAAACCAGCAAAGACCUCAACCAAAUCCAUGCCCAUCUCAUCAAAACUCGCCUCAUCCACAACCGGGCCGUCACCGAAAACCUUCUCGAAUCAGCAGCUAUACUUCUCCCCAAUACCAUGGACUAUGCUCUCUCCAUUUUUGAUGAUAUUGGCCAGCCCGAUUCGUCGGCUUACAAUGUCAUGAUAAGGGGUCUUACAUAUAAGCAAUCCCCUCAUGAGGCUAUAUUUUUGUUCAAGAAAAUGCUUGAGACUUCAGUUGAACCCGAUGAAUUCACUUUUCCUUGUGUGUUGAAGGCUUGCUCUAGACUAAGAGCAUUGAGUGAAGGUGAACAGGUUCAUGCCCACAUUUUGAAAUGUGGGUUUGGAUCAAGUGAGUUUGUUGAGAAUACUUUGAUUCAUAUGUACGCGAAUUGUGGUAGAGUUGACGUCGCUCGCAGGGUGUUUGAUGGAAUGUCAGAAAGAGGGGUUGUUGCUUGGAAUUCGUUGUUUUCAGGUUACAUGAGGAGCGGGUGUUGGGAAGAGGUUGUGAAGUUAUUUCGCAGGAUGCAGGAAUUGGAUGUUGGGUUUGAUGAGGUUACAAUGAUUAGUGUUUUGACAUCGUGUGGGAGGUUGGCUGAUUUGGAAUUAGGUGAGUGGAUUAAUGGGUAUGUAGAAGCAAAUGGAAUUAAGAAGAGUCUUGCUUUGAUGACUUCUCUUGUUGAUAUGUAUGCGAAAUGUGGUGAGGUAGAUACUGCGAGAAGAUUGUUUGACCAGAUGGAUCAGAGGGAUGUUGUGGCAUGGAGUGCCAUGAUUUCUGGUUAUUGCCAAGCAAAUAGAUGUAGAGAGGCUCUUUAUCUUUUUAAUGAGAUGCAAAAGAACAAUGUGGAUCCCAAUGAGGUCACCAUGGUCAGUGUGCUUAAUGCUUGUGCUGUCCUUGGAGCUUUAGAAACUGGCAAAUGGGUCCAUUUUUACAUAAAGAAGAGGAAUCUGAAGCUCACUGUUACCCUUGGAACUGCACUGAUUGAUUUCUAUGCGAAAUGUGGAUCUGUGGACAGUUCUAUUGAAAUAUUUAGUAAAAUGGCUUCCAAAAAUGUCUUCACUUGGACAGCACUUAUUCAAGGUCUUGCUAGUAAUGGACAGGGUAAAAGGGCUCUUGAGCUCUUCUAUUUGAUGCGGGAGAAGAAUAUUGAACCAAAUGAUGUCACUUUCAUUGGCGCUCUUGCUGCAUGCAGUCAUGCAGGUCUGGUUGAUGAGGGUCGAAGUCUUUUUGUCAGCAUGAGUAAAGAUUUUGGUAUUGAACCAAGAAUUGAGCACUAUGGUUGUAUGGUAGAUGUUCUUGGUCGAGCAGGGUUGAUUGAAGAGGCAUAUCAGUUUAUAAAGAACAUGCCCGUCCAACCAAACGCUGUUGUUUGGAGAACAUUGUUGGCUUCAUGUAAGGCCCAUAAAAAUGUUAAAAUUGGGGAAGAAUCAUUUAGAUGCAUAACAAUAUUGGAGCCUGCUCAUAGUGGGGAUUACAUACUUCUAUCAAAUAUUUAUGCAUCGGUUGGUAGAUGUGAGGAUGCAUUGAAGGUGAGGCGUCAGAUGCGGGAAGAGAGGAUUAAAAAGACACCAGGUUGUAGCUUGAUUGAGUUAGAUGGAGUAGUUCAUGAAUUUUUCUCCGAAGAUGAUGGACAUGCUCACUUAAAGGAGAUAUAUGGUGGAGUUGAAGACAUGAUGAAACAGAUCAAGUCAGCAGGCUAUGUGCCCAACCCAACAGAUGCAAGACUGGAUGCUGAGGAAGAUGAUAAGGAAGCUUCAGUCUCUCACCAUAGUGAGAAGUUGGCCAUUGCAUUUGGUCUCAUAAGAACCCCACCUGGAACUACAAUCAGAAUAUCAAAGAAUCUUAGAGUGUGUACAGACUGCCACAAUGCUACAAAGAUAAUCUCAAAGGUAUAUAAUAGAGAAAUUGUUGUCAGGGAUCGUAAUCGCUUCCAUCAUUUCAAAGAUGGAUUAUGUUCUUGCAAUGACUAUUGGUAAACCCUAUAAUCUACAUACAUUGCAAGACUAUUGAAGGCCUUGUUCCUCUGUUAUAGAACAAAAGAGGACAUAGAAUUCUUCAAUGCUAUGAUAGCUGGCCUUGAGUUGGGGACUUUGUGCACCAAAAAGCUAUGUGAUCUUGUUCCAAUCCCAACAAUUUUCAGAUGUCUCAAUAAAAGGAA